GUUACUAUUCCAUAGGGCCCCGCAAUGGCCAACUAAAAGAACGAAGUAAAAGCUAGAUGUAGAGCAAAGACCCUUAAGGCGCGGCCGCACUAUCUAGCGUGAUCUAAAGGAAGUUGAAUGAGAAAUACCCUCCCAAGCAUGACCUUUGAUGGUGGUUGUUGUUGCUAUGAAGUGCCUCGAAAUAAUCUUUCUUGUUGACCUACAACUGCGAGGAGAUCCCUGCUUGGUGUCCUGCAUGUUAGUGGUCUGAAUGUUGAAGGUAUGAAGCAGAAAGAUCCAAAAUGAAAAUGAAAACAAAAAUAAAAAUAGUAUAACCAAAAUAAAAAGAAGCUGCCAAAAAAUGGAAUGUUGAUGUUGAUCCCCCUGCAAGUUUUGCGGAGCAUUGAUGUCGGCCAUACGUGUGAAGCUCGUUGUGGUGAUGGAAAUAAGUGGAAUGAUGGCAAGAAAGUUGGUGUGUGCUUAAAGUAAAGAUACUAAUAAUUAGUAGGAUUAUUAGGAUGACUGAUGGUUUUAGGUCAUUACUCUCCAGAAUGUUGGGCAAGUAGAACUAUGGGGUAGUUGAUAGAUUGGCUUUUUUGUCCUUGUCAACUUUGGUUUUUCUUCCACCUGUUACAUUAACCUUGUGCCAAUUUUAUCUCCUGCCAUUUUUACAGUAGGAGGCAUAGUCAAUCAUCCAUAGUAGGCCAAUCAACCAUCCACACUCACAUUCUCCAGCGGAGAAAAUUCCUCGCGUUCCCCUGAGACCUCGUCCUUUUCGACUCGGGCUCUAAAAACCGUCACCUCUUAUCAUCUCCCAGAACACCUCGAACUUGUAGGAAGUGACACAGAUACGUCCGCACAUGAGGAAGCAGUAACCUAAGCGCUAGCAACACUGAAUAAAAGCACUAAAAACAAGUAAUACGUGUUCAACUAGAAAAAACAAAAAUAAGAGGAGAGCCAAAAACAAGAAACAUCAAAAGCUUGAUCCGAUCACUCUUCUUAUUAAUUCUCCGGUGCUAGGAAGAAAACCACAGGAGCGAUGCCGAACAUGAAGAAUAGAGGCGACUUUAAUAUAAUCUGGCCACUUGUUCAUGUUCUUGGCUCCCUUCUUUCACCAGAAGCAACAAGGAUAGCUUAUUUCUUAUUCGAUAGCAUACGCAUCAUCAUCAUCAUCAUCUGACCACUUAAUAGACUCUUUUUUUUUCUUUGGCUCAUUACAUAUUUAUAGAGCGUCACGGUCACGGUGGCUGGCCUUGUGGGUCAUCUCUGUUCUAGGCAGCAAAAUCUCUGUUCUUAAAUGAUAGAUUUUUACCGAUCAUAAGACCCAUAAUGCAGCUAAGGCGAGUAACANUGUGGGUCAUCUCUGUUCUAGGCAGCAAAAUCUCUGUUCUUAAAUGAUAGAUUUUUACCGAUCAUAAGACCCAUAAUGCAGCUAAGGCGAGUAACAAGAUGACAUAGAAGAUUACUUGCGAUAGUCUGUAAUGAAGUUUCUUGUUGUUGUACAGAAUGAAGCCUGAGCUUCUAGAGUUCGAUAGGGUAAUAGUGAUAGUCGUACUUCUUCAUAAAAGUGGAGAUCGUGAGAAGAUAUAUUUUUACUAAUCCUUUAGCUUUACUAUAUUACAUACGAAUUAAGAAAGGAUUAGAAGAAAAAAAGCACACUGUUGCAGGUUAUCCUGUCAAAUGAAACUAGCAAGCAUGAUAGCAGGCCUUUUUACUGAAGAUCUUCUAAAAAAGAGAAGGAGCCCAAUAAUCCGAAAAAGAGAAACCCAAUCAUCUGAAAAAGCAAAGCAGAUCUGCCCCCACUUGCUGGCGUUGCAAGCCUUUGCACCAGUUGCAAGAAACUUAGAAGGAGAAGACAGCUAUGUGCGCAGCUCAAGCACAGCUCGGUGUAGUAGAGUAGAUUCUUUUUCGGAGUUUUCGUAGUCGUGUUGAACGCUCACCUCUCCGAGGCGAGUCAAUUCCUAUCCUAUCCUCUGUGUUCUAUAUUCUUGAGACAUAGCUUUAGCAGAAGAGUCUUCCAAGUACAUUUCUCAUAGUUGUGUUGCAGUUCUGCUUGAGGAUCAACAGCCCUAUUUGCAGCUCUACUUGACGACUAGAAAAAGUCAGAACCAUACGGUCUAACUUCUAAAUUAUCAAC